AUGGCGUCCCACCACGCGGGCGGCGUCGCCGACGAGACGCUCCCGCUGCUCGCGAAGCCCGCAGCGGGGGCUUCCUCCGCGUGGCACGACGCGGGAACCUUCGGCGGCGCGAGCGCGGGCGCGAGCGCGGACGCGUCGUCGUCGUCGUCGUCGUCGUCGUCGUCGUCGUCCCUCGCGUUCGACCCGCUCGACCACCUGUCCGUCCUCGCGUGGAUGUUCUACGACGUCGCGUGGACGCAGGAGUGGAAACACGUCCUGUGGCCGUUCCUGCUCACCGCGGCGUGCUUCACGCACGCAAUCUUCCUCGCGAGGAACGACGCGAUGGAGUUCCCGCACGCGUGCGCGACCGCGGCGUGGCUCGUCGGCGGCAACGGCGCGUGGACGUACAUGGAUUACCAUCCCGGAAUCGCGUCGGACUCGACGAAGCUCGCGGCGUGGCGCGCCGCCGCGAUUGGAUUUCUCGCGCUGCCCAUCGCGAUCGAGGCGUUCGUGUUGGCGAGGAUACGACGGCGUCAGCGUGGCGCGGGCGGCGGCGGCGGGGGAGGGGGUGGGGGGAAGAAGGGCGCGAUGUACGAGAGGCGUAAAGCGGCGGCGGCGGCGGCGUCGGUUUCGGCGGAGAAGCCGCCGCCCGCGACCGCGACCGCGACCGCGACCGCGGGCGUCGUCGCGGGAAUGACGGACGCGUUCACCGCCUCCGCGAUCGCCGCGUGGGCGGCCGUGGACCUCGUGAACUUCCUCACGGAGAUACGCGACGGCCGCGACGGCGGCCAGGACGUCGGCGCGAGCGUCGCGGACGCGGCGUCGUGCGCGGCGUGGGCGGCGCUCGCCGCCGUCGUCGUCGCGCAGACGGCGUAUUUCCUCUGGCGCAGAUAUAAGAACGGCCCUAAUAACCUUAUCGACGAUCGAUCGGGGACGGCCUUCGCGCUCGCGCUGUUCGGCUGGGCGAUCGCGAGCGCGGUGGGGGACGCGGGGCAGAGGUUCGCGGCGAGCGCGCAGCGCGCGGAGGCGUUGUUCGCGGCGCCGAGCUCGGGGGAGAACGGAAAGUGGUGGAAAUCGUGGAUCAUCCUCGUCGCCGCCGCGCCGCUCGCGGCGGGGCUCGCGCGGUGGGCGGUCGCGCGGGCGACGACGAGAUAG